CCUAUUUCCUCGGCAGUGGACUCGCUCGCAUCUGUGCGCGAAUCAACUUUUCUUUAUUCAGACGCUAUUUCGGCUCCCUGUUCUGCUAACCUGGAGCCGGUGCUUACAGAUCACCAACCAGUCACUUUUCUGCGACCCUCCGGCCAUGAUGACUUAACCUUAGCUCCCAUGAUGAUAACCUCGACUCCUGGGCCCUCUAUCGGUUCGGGUGACUCUGGGCAAUCAUUACUACGGGGGCAGAGUCGGCAGCAACAGCAAUUACAAUUGCCUCUUCGUUCUACUAGGCUUCAGCGACACUUGUCCGAUCUCGCUCCAGGGUCGCGAAGGCGCCCCAUCCCUCAACGCACACACGAGCAGCAUCACAUGUUAAUUGCCAGGGAAUCCAGUGAAUCUAGUAGACACGGUAUCUCGGGCUCGAAACGAGCUAGCGGCGUGGGUGGUGAGGCUUCUGGACGAAUGACAUUGUCGGCUUAUGAUGAGUGCCUAUAUCCUUCACAAUCUCUUGGCGCUACUUCCAAAUAUGUCGGCUCUUCAGAAGUCUCGCAAGAGCCAGUCGUUCAGGCCGCUAGUUGUUUGCGCGAGCCUACCGCCAAUCGAAGUCUCCGUUCCAGCAACUCAGGUGCUUGUUCUACUGAACCACUGGUUACUGCCGCUAAUCUUUAA